CGAGGGCUCAGCUGCGGAAGCCGAAGUGAACCCCACCAGCGAACCGACGCGGCGGCGGCAGCGGCGGCGAUAUGCAGGUCCUCCGAGGAGGAGGCGCCGGUGGGGGUGGCGGCGGGGCGGGAGGGAUGGCGUGGGAGGUGCUGAAGAGGCACUUCUCGCGGAAGCGGGCGGUGGACGUGCGGCGGAUCAACCCCAAGGUGCCCAAGGAGGAGGCCGUCGCCAUCUCCGGCCGCCUCCUCCAGAUCCUCACCGACAACGGGCCCCUCACCGUCGGCAACACAUGGAACCACGCCAAGGAUGCUGGUAUCAGCGGCCUCAACAGCAAGACUCACAUGAAGAUCUUGCUGAAAUGGAUGACGGGAAGAAGGAUCGUGAAGCUGGCCUGCGUGCCCGCUGGCAACUCAAAGAAGUUCCUGUAUACCCCAUAUGCUGCAGAUUCAGACAAAUCCGAGGAGGAAGCAGCAGAGGAGCUGAGGAAGGCGGCUUCUGCCCAAGGAGGAAAAGCUACAAAAGGGCAACAGAAGAAACGUGCAACAGCCCUACGCUGAUGGUUGCUCAUCACAAUACUCUGUUAGUCUUCUGAGGAUUUUAUGUUGUUUUUUCUCUUAGCUGUUAACCAGGGCGGAAAGUUAAGAUGAUCCCAUCCAAAACUGUGAUGAACAUUUCUCAUUGAUGAUGCAGUUAUGCUUGGCAGGCCAGCAUUUUGUUGU